AUGUUGGAGGUAAAAAGAAGAACGUCAGACCUUAGGCAACACCACGCGUGCCCUGCAAUAGCCAGGAAACCCCUUCGAGAGAGAGAAAGGCAGGCUUUGAUGUCAGAAAACCUGGAUUCAAAUCGCAGGAACGUGGCCUCGGACCAAUCACUUAAUCUCUUUAGGUCUCAGACUCCACACCUCUCUAAUAAAAACAUGAGGCUCUGUGCUAAAGAUAUUCAGUGUGAAUUUGGAAGCGCCCUCGGUGGAUUUGAUGAUGGUGGGGGAGGGGAGGACACCUACUUUUACUCAACGUACACGUUUAAAUGCUUGUCUCCUCCGGAAAUACCCUCGCAGACACAUUUAGAAAUCGCGUUUACUCUGGCCCACUCAAGAGGGAUUUUUGAAACUGUGGAAAACGAACCUGUUAAUGUUGAAGAAUUAGCAUUCAAGUUCGCAGUCACCAGCAUUAACAGAAAUCGAACCCUGAUGCCUAACACCACGUUAACCUAUGACAUCCAGAGAAUUAAUCUUUUUGAUAGUUUUGAAGCCUCGCGGAGAGCCUGCGACCAGCUGGCUCUUGGUGUGGCUGCUCUCUUUGGCCCUUCCCACAGUUCCUCUGUCAGUGCCGUGCAGUCAAUUUGCAAUGCUCUCGAAGUUCCACACAUACAGACCCGCUGGAAACACCCAUCGGUGGACAACAAAGACUUGUUUUACAUCAACCUGUACCCAGAUUAUGCAGCUAUCAGCAGGGCGGUCCUGGAUCUGGUCCUCUACUACAACUGGAAAACAGUGACAGUGGUGUAUGAAGACAGCACAGGCCUCAUUCGUCUACAAGAGCUCAUCAAAGCUCCCUCCAGAUAUAACAUUAAAAUCAAAAUCCGCCAGCUGCCCUCUGGGAAUAAAGAUGCCAAGCCUUUACUCAAGGAGAUGAAGAAGGGCAAGGAGUUCUAUGUGAUAUUUGAUUGUUCACAUGGGACAGCUGCUGAAAUCCUUAAGCAGAUUCUGUUCAUGGGCAUGAUGACUGAGUACUAUCACUACUUUUUCACAACCCUGGACUUAUUUGCUUUAGAUCUGGAACUCUAUAGGUACAGUGGUGUAAACAUGACCGGGUUUCGCCUGCUUAAUAUUGACAACCCUCGCGUGUCCUCCAUCAUUGAAAAGUGGUCCAUGGAGAGACUGCAGGCCCCCCCCAGGCCAGAGACUGGCCUUUUGGAUGGCAUGAUGACAACUGAAGCGGCUCUGAUGUAUGAUGCCGUGUACAUGGUGGCCAUUGCCUCCCACCGGGCUUCCCAGCUGACCGUCAGCUCCUUACAGUGUCAUCGACACAAGCCAUGGCGCCUUGGACCCAGAUUUAUGAACCUAAUUAAAGAGGCUCGGUGGGAUGGCCUGACCGGGCGUAUCACCUUCAAUAAAACCGAUGGCUUGAGGAAGGAUUUUGAUCUGGAUAUCAUUAGUCUCAAAGAGGAAGGAACUGAAAAGGCUGCUGGCGAAGUGUCUAAACACUUAUAUAAAGUGUGGAAGAAGAUUGGGAUUUGGAACUCCAACAGUGGCCUUAACAUGACCGAUGGCAACAAAGACAGGUCCAACAAUAUCACCGAUUCACUGGCCAACCGAACACUCAUAGUCACCACCAUUUUGGAAGAACCCUAUGUGAUGUACAGGAAAUCUGAUAAGCCUUUGUAUGGAAAUGACAGAUUUGAAGGGUAUUGCCUGGAUCUGUUGAAAGAAUUGUCAAACAUCUUGGGCUUCAUUUAUGAUGUCAAACUCGUCCCUGAUGGCAAAUAUGGAGCCCAGAAUGACAAAGGAGAGUGGAAUGGAAUGGUCAAAGAACUUAUAGAUCAUAAGGCUGAUCUGGCAGUGGCUCCUCUAACCAUUACCUAUGUUCGGGAGAAAGUCAUUGACUUCUCCAAGCCCUUCAUGACCCUGGGUAUCAGCAUUCUCUACCGGAAGCCCAAUGGUACCAAUCCAGGAGUGUUCUCCUUCCUCAACCCCCUGUCUCCUGACAUUUGGAUGUAUGUGCUCUUAGCCUGCUUGGGAGUCAGUUGUGUACUCUUUGUGAUUGCAAGGUUUACACCCUACGAGUGGUAUAACCCCCACCCAUGCAACCCUGACUCAGAUGUGGUGGAAAACAAUUUUACUUUACUAAAUAGUUUCUGGUUUGGAGUUGGCGCUCUCAUGCAGCAAGGAUCAGAGCUGAUGCCCAAAGCUCUAUCAACCAGAAUAGUUGGCGGGAUAUGGUGGUUUUUCACCUUAAUCAUCAUUUCAUCCUACACUGCCAACCUGGCUGCCUUCUUGACAGUGGAGAGAAUGGAAUCCCCCAUAGAUUCAGCAGAUGAUCUGGCAAAGCAAACCAAGAUAGAAUAUGGGGCAGUCAGAGAUGGAUCCACAAUGACCUUCUUCAAGAAAUCAAAGAUAUCUACCUAUGAGAAGAUGUGGGCAUUUAUGAGCAGCAGGCAGCAGACAGCCCUGGUAAAAAACAGUGAUGAAGGGAUCCAACGAGUACUCACCACUGACUAUGCCCUAUUGAUGGAGUCCACCAGCAUUGAGUAUGUGACGCAGAGAAAUUGCAACCUCACUCAGAUUGGGGGCCUCAUUGACUCCAAAGGUUAUGGAGUGGGAACACCUAUCGGCUCUCCUUACCGGGAUAAAAUCACUAUCGCUAUCCUUCAACUACAAGAGGAGGGCAAACUGCAUAUGAUGAAAGAAAAGUGGUGGCGGGGAAAUGGCUGCCCAGAGGAAGACAGCAAAGAGGCCAGUGCUCUGGGAGUAGAAAAUAUUGGGGGCAUAUUCAUUGUUCUGGCUGCUGGACUGGUCCUCUCUGUAUUUGUAGCCAUUGGAGAAUUUAUAUACAAAUCACGGAAGAACAGUGAUAUUGAACAGAAAGGAAAGUCAUCAAGAAUUAGAUUUUAUUUUAGGAACAAAGUAAGGUUUCAUGGGAGAAAAAAACAAAGCCUUGGUGUAGAGAAGUGUCUCUCUUUCAAUGCCAUCAUGGAAGAACUGGGAAUCUCACUCAAAAAUCAGAAAAAGCUAAAGAAAAAGUCAAGAACUAAGGGGAAAUCUCCCUUCACAAGUAUCCUUACUUGUCAUCAGAGACGAACUCAGAGGAAAGAGACUGUGGCAUGA